CUCCCCUGCAGAAGAACACACGGAAACCAGUGAGCCACCCACCAAUAGUUUCCUUCCAUCCAUGGCAUGCAUCAACACCUUCCAGAGUUGCUCCAUUGCCAGAGGGGCAAAGUUCAACACAAGAGCUAGGGGCAGUGCUGGAAAGGGAUCACCAACCUUUCAGUGCAGGGCGUCGACUUUCGUUGACGCCAGCCUCCGGCUUGAGCUCGACGAGAACCCUGAGGCGAUCAUCUCAGGCGAGUGGCCUGAGAACUUCUCCCUUCUCAGCUACGAUGAUCUCCGUGCCUACCUUCAGUCACAGGAGACUGUCCAAGAAGGAGAUCAGCACGUGGCUCUCUUGAGUGAAACCAUGUCAACACCUGUGCUACUGGCCACAGCAGAGCAGACGCUGGAGGAGGUCGAAUGCCACUUUGAGGCCGUCUCAGGGCUUCCAGUCGUAGACAACAGCCUCAGAUGUGUUGGGGUGGUCGUCAAGAAUGACCGGGCCAAAGCUUCUCAUGGGCCAAAAACAAAGAUUGAAGAAGUAAUGACCUCUCCAGCCAUCACACUAUCAUCAGAUAAAACAGUGAUGGAUGCUGCAGUUCUGAUGCUCAAGAAGAAGAUCCACAGACUACCAAUUGUAAAUCAGGAUAAACAAGUGAUAGGUAUAGUUACCCGUGCUGAUGUUCUUCGCGAGUUGGAAGGACUGCUGAAGAUUUAGAAGGGCAGCAUUCCAUGCUCGGAAGUCAGAACUUCUUGUAAAUAUGUCCAUGGUGCUUCUGAGUGGCAGCAAGCAGAUAAUCUGUAGGCAUGCGCUGUAGAAUCGGCGGAAAUAAGCCAGGAAGAGUUUGAGAUCUUAUCCUUGUAAAAGUAGCACACCAGGAAACUUCUUCUCUGUGCUGUACUGCUUGCGCAACCAAAUGUUGUAACAAGUCAAAUAUUUCCAGAGCAAUAUAAAUAGAUAUACCUAAAUAA